CCACAACCAAAAGAAAUUGACCAAAUGGAAAGGAGUAAUGUUACAUUAGUGAUGGAAUUCAUCCUCUUGGGAUUUGGUGACCUUCCCAACUUCCAACAUCUUCUAUUUGGAAUUUUCCUAGUCAUCUAUUUGUGUAUACUUAUAGGAAAUGGUCUCCUCAUUGUCAUUACUAAGACCAAUCCGGCUCUUCAAACCCCCAUGUACUUUUUUCUUGGACAUUUUUCCUUCUUGGAAAUUUGUUACACAUCAGUUACUUUCCCUAGAAUGCUGAAAGACCUUUGGACUCAGAAGGGAAACAUUCCAUUCCUAUCCUGUGCUAUGCAAAUUUGCUUUCUUUAUAUUCUAGGAGCUGCAGAAUGCUUACUUCUGGCUGUGAUGGCUUAUGACAGAUAUGUGGCCAUCUGUAAGCCACUUUACUAUUCUCUCAUCAUGAAUCACAGGGUAUGUGUCCAACUUGUUAUUGCUUCCUGGAUAACUGGGACUCCAGUCCAGAUAGGACUCACAUGCCAGAUUUUCUCUCUGAAUUUUUGUGGGCCUAAUAAACUCAAUCAUAUUUUCUGUGAUGCUCCACCAUUACUGGAAGUUGCCUGUGGGGACACAUAUCAGAAAGAGCUCUCUGUUCAUUUUACUGCUCUCUUUUUUGUCAUGAUUCCCUUUCUGUUGAUAUCUAUAUCCUAUAUCAAAAUCAUAGCCACCAUCCUGAAGCUGCCAACAACCUCAGGGAAAUCCAAAGCCUUCUCUACUUGUUCUUCUCACCUCAUGGUUGUAGGUUUAUUCUAUGGUUCUGCAAGUAUUGUGUAUUUGCGACCCAAAUCCAGUCAUUCAGCGAAAUCUGACAAGGUCUUUUCUCUCUUCUAUACUAUUGUGACUCCAAUGUUAAACCCUUUGAUAUAUAGCCUGAGGAAUAAGGAUGUAAUUGCUGCAAUAAGGAAAAUCCUUCAAAGGUGUCAUGAUUCAUGA